UGCUUUUCCAUUCCCGAAAAGUUUUUUCUUUUCUUUUUUAAUUUAAAAAUCCAUCUGUAUGCAACUUAAAAGACUAUAACCCAUCAAAUCUUCUACCCAGAAAUCAUGUGUCUCGGUUGAAAAUUUUCCCCUUCUGUUUUUUACAAACUUUCCCAAUAUUUUUUUCCCAUCGUUCUCUCGGACUUUCUUUGUUUUUCAUAGUUGGCGUUUUCGGCUUAAUUUGGGCUAGUUUUUUGUUGUGGGUUUCUUCAUCGUUGAUCAAAGCAGGGUAGAGGGUUGAGGUUUCUUUAAGUUGAAAGGAAAAAAAAAAGGGGGAGGUGGAAAUCCCUUUUAUUUUGGCUUGUUGUUUCGUACAUUCACCAUAGCUUUGCGUUUGGCAUGACGGGGAAAGAGUUGAAUUAGACAACAUUGUCAAUUACCAACAAAGACUUGGUCGAAUUCAAAGAUAUUUAUUUAUCUUCUCUCCUUUUAUUCUGUCUACAUAAAAUCUCCAAACGUCAACAUUCGGGAUUUCUCCAGGCACAGAUUUGAUUGUACUCCCCUUUCGCCUUCUUCGUUACUUGCUCUGUUUUUCUUGUUGGAGUCAUGAUUUUCGACACAGCUUUUACGCGAUCAAACCUCGACUGCUUUCUUCAUUGCACUACACCAACCCUCAAAUCCCAAUUCCUUCCCAAGAGCGAGAUUAGUAACCUUAAUCGCUUAUGGCACCCUUGGGAGAGAGAAAAGGUUGAAUAUUUCACAUUAUCUGAUCUUUGGGAUUGUUUUGAUGAAUGGAGUGCGUAUGGAGCUGGAAUUCCCAUUGUGUUGAACGACAGCGAAACCUUAGUCCAGUACUUUGUUCCUUACCUAUCUGCCAUUCAAAUCUUUACCAGCAAUCCUUCUGUCAACAGCUUUAGGGAAGAGACAGAAUCAGGUGACGGCGAGAGGGAUUCCUUCAGUGAUUCAAGCAGUGAAGAGAGCGAGAGUGACAAGUUAUGGAGAUGGGAGGGAUGCUCAUCGGAGGAGGGAGGGUCCGAGCAAGACAGCCUUUGCCACCUCAACAAUAGGUUGGGUUACCUUUACUUUCAGUAUUUCGAGAGAUCGGCUCCUUAUGGUAGAGUGCCCCUCAUGGAUAAGAUUAAUGGAUUAUCUGGAAGAUACCCAGGUUUGAUGUCAUUGAGGAGCGUUGAUCUUUCUCCAGCUAGUUGGAUGGCAGUGGCCUGGUACCCAAUUUAUCACAUUCCCAUGGGAAGGACCAUAAAGGACUUGUCCACAUGCUUCCUUACUUACCACACUCUAUCAUCUUCUUUCCAAGAUAUGGACCCGGAGAAUGAGAUUGAGGGUGGCGAAAGGAAGGGAAAGGAAGGGGAGUGCAUCUCCCUUCCACCAUUCGGGAUGGCCACAUACAAGAUGCAAGGGGAAGUGUGGGCCUCGGGCAAUUCAGGACGGGACCAAGAAAGGCUAGUGUCGCUUUUAAGCGUGGCAGAUUCGUGGCUAAAGCAACUUAGGGUCCAGCAUCAUGACUUCAACUACUUCACGGGGAUUCGACGUGGCUAGUCUUUGUUACUUGCACUGUCUCACAAUCCCAUGGAACCCACUGAUCACUAAUUAUACAAAGAAGAAUAGAAAAACAAAAUCUCUUUCCGGUUUUUUGGUUUUUAGAAUUAUGGUUGCCACUUGUUUUUUUGUAACUGUCCAGUGUGACGUCAGCGGUGACAGCAGUUUCAUCCGAGGGUAUCCCAGUUGAGUAGUUUAGCCUUAUUUUUGCGUCUGCUUUAAGCCUGUUUACUUUUGGGGGGGCUUUAUUGUAAAGAAAUGAUGUCCGAUAAGUAAGGCCCUUAAAACUGUCGAAACUUUGCCGGAUUGUAUAUGAUAUGAUACUUCAUCUUGACCAUAUUAGACAACAAUUUUCACAA